GCUUUACAAAGGGAAAGAUUUAUCUUUUUGUUGUUGAACAAUUAUGCCCAAGGACGGAAAAUAAAAUGGGAAAAGACAAGGAAUUAAUGCUGAAAAUGAAGAAAAGGAAGAAAAUAAAUAAAGAUGGCUUUAUUGGAUCUACAGCAAAUUCAGAGACCAAUGAAGGAAGUGUUAAUGUUCCAGGAAAAGUUUGGAAGGCUUUUGAAAAAGAGAUAGAAAGACUAAAGAAUGAACAAAAGAUUACAAACGCAAGAUUAAAAACAAUACUACACAACCAAAACAAAUUCGGGAGAGAAAUUUCAAGAUUGGAAAGUUCCCUAAGAAGCUGUAAUAACGUUCCUCGUACCAUUUCUCGGCUACAACCUACACUGCCCGGAUCAUCAGAAGAUGAAUGCGUGCACGGGGAAGUAUUACGGGAGAACAUGAAAAUGAUGGUUCAAGGAAUACGUUUGUCAGAUUCUUUACUAAUUGAUGAAUUGAUGGAGAAAAAUUGUUUUACAGAAACAGAUGCACAAGAAAUAAAUGAGAUAAAAACUUGUAAUAAAACGAGGCAAAUGGUUUUGCUGCUCAGUCGCAAAGAUAAAACUGUGUUCCGAAAAUUUAUUAAUAUCAUAUCACAAGAAGAAUAUUAUCCACAGAUUUCUAAGAUACUUAAAGAAUCGUACCGGAAUAAACUCCAGAAACCAGAAAAGCGAAGCAAAUGUAUUCCGUGCUUCAUUAUAAAGAAUGUAGAUAUUAUGCGGAUUGCUGAUGAUCUUUAUCAAAGUAACGUCAUUGAUUUAAAAACUCUUCAAGAUGUUAUGAGGGGGGAUAAACCAGCUUUGGACUCUUUCUGGCAACAGAUUUUUAACAAAAUGACAAAUCCAUGUCAUGGAAAAAUGUACAUGUCCAAUCUCAAGUUUGCUCUUCUUGAAAAUUACAAUCACAUCGCAAAAAAAAUCCAACGCCAAAGUCAGCUGACUUGUUAUUGUUCAUCUAGUAUCCUCUCCUUUCCAAGUAAUUGCAGCGAUAAUACCUCCGAAUUUAGUACGACCUCAACAAUUGUACCACCACAACCGAGUCAUUAUGCUUCUAAUUGGAUUAAACAGUUGCAGGAAUUGAACAAUGGAAGCCGAGAUGAUGCUUCUCAUUUCUACAGUGAUUCUGAUGAAGCUAUAAACCCAAAACAAGUCUCAAACAAGAAUAGAAAACGAAAACGCGUGUCAGAGGAGGAAGAGGAGGAUAUGAAGAAAAAGAAUCAAAGAGAAGACAAAGAUGAACGGGAGAAAAAAAUAGAGGAAGUAGAGAUCAAAGAUGAAAUAGAAGAAGAGCAAAUUGAAAGAGAGGAGGGAGAAGAGGAGGAAGACACAGAAGUGGAGGAAGAGGCAGACGAGGAAGAAGAGGAAAAUAAUGUAGAAAAUGACGAAGAAGAAGAGGGGGAGGAAGAUGAAGAGGGAGAAGAAAGAGAUUGGUGGGUGGUAGAGGACAAAGAAUGUCAGGAACAGGGAUAUGAGUCAGAGAAUGAAGAGGAGGAAGAAGGGGAAGAAGAUGAGAAGGAAAGGGCAGAUGAAGUACAAGAGGAAGAGGAGGAAAAUAUGGAUGAAAGGGUGGAUUUAAGAGGAGGAAGAAAAGGGAGAGGAGGAUGA